AUUUUUUAUUAUGAACAAUUAAUAUACAUCAGUCUUCUUUUGAAUUUAGGGCGAGAUAUCUGCACAUGGCAUGUGCCGAUGAAAAUAAUGCCUUCAGUAUAAAUUUCCGCACUACACCGAUGAAUUCUACUGGAGUGGCGCAUAUUCUAGAACAUACAACACUCUGCGGUUCAAAAACAUUCCCAGUCAGAGAUCCGUUUAUGAAAAUGUUGAACCGAUCACUCUCGACAUUUAUGAACGCUAUGACAGGACCUGAUUAUACACUGUAUCCAUUUUCUACUUGUAACCACCAGGAUUAUCUGAACCUGAUGAACGUAUACCUGGAUUCAGUAUUUAAUCCUCUGCUCCGGGAGCAGGAUUUCCUCCAGGAAGGUUGGAGACUGGAGAACGACGAGCUGGAGGAUAAAACAUCUCCUCUUAUUAUUAAAGGAGUUGUAUUUAACGAGAUGAAAGGAGCGUACUCGGACUCCCAGCAGUUGUUCGGACAGAAGCUAUUGAAUAGUAUGCUUCCUGGCCAUACAUAUAGUUAUUCAUCAGGAGGAUUUCCUUUAAAUAUUCCUGAGUUGAGUUGGGAGGAGCUGAAAUCCUUCCAUGCUUCUCACUACCAUCCUUCAAACUCCAGGAUAUUCACCUACGGUGAUAUACCAUUAGAAACCCAUCUCUCCACCCUGGACUCGUAUCUAGACAAGUUUCAAUAUCUUAAUCUGAAUACAGCUGUUCCUAAGGAAACAAGAUGGUUGAGUCCCCGAAGUGAGAAAAUGACAUGUGCAUCUGAUUCUAUGUCUCCUGAUCCUUCUAAACAGAGCUCUGUAGCCGUCAGUUACUUGUUGUCUGAUAUCACAGAACUGAAGGAAUCCUUCACGAUGCAGGUUCUAGGAGAGCUGUUGACCGAAGGACCCAGUGCACCCUUCUACAAGUCCUUGAUACAGACGGGGAUAGGAGCUGGCUUCUCUCCAGUCACAGGUUAUGAUAAUCACAUCAAGGAGACAACAUUUACUGUUGGAUUACAGAAUAUAUCUUCCACUGAUGUUAACAUGAUUGUGGAGAAGAUUGAGAAUACUUUUGAUCAGGUUAUUAAAGAAGGAUUUUCUCAAGAUAGAAUAGACGCUGUUCUACACUCCUACGAGCUUGGAUUAAAACACAGGUCGGGAAAUUUUGGACUGAAUUUGAUAAUGAACAUGACAGCUUACUGUAAUCAUUCUACAGAACCAUUAGAGUACCUUAGGGUUAACAAGAUCUUAGAAUGGUUCAAAGCAAAGUUAAAGGAGGACAACACCUACUUACAGAAGAAGGUCAAGCAGUAUUUUAAAGAUAACACUCACAAGCUGGUGUUGAGUAUGGAUCCUGAGGCGGGGUUCGUGGAGCAGGAGCAAAGGAAGUUCGAGGACUUGGAGCACAAGCUCAGAGCAAACCUGACACAGGAGGAGAAGGAUGAGAUAAGAAGAAAGAAUCUUGAGCUGCUGGAGUCCCAGGACAUGAAGGAGGAUGCGUCCUGUCUUCCAACUCUCCGGGUAGGAGAUAUAUCAGAGGAAUACACGGGAACCAGUCUCACCCAUCUCAGUCUAGCUGGAGUCCCCACACAGCUAGCCAUUCAACCAACUAAUCAAGUUUCAUACUUUCGGGCACUUAUUAACACCAGUCAUGUCCCCUUGGAGCUUAAACCCUACCUACCCCUCUUCUCUUCCUUCCUCUCAAAACUAGGAGCCAAGGAUCUCAACUACGAGGAUCUAGAUACUAGGAUAGAGCUGAGCACCGGAGGACUAGGAGCUUCAUGUCACGUGACAGAAAGUCCAGAUGAUCUCUUCAGUAUAACAGAUAGUCUGCUUCUGAGUUCCCAUUGCUUGGAUCGAAACAUUGAGAAGAUGUUUGAACUUUGGAGCAAUAUAUUCGAGCAGAUUCAUCUCAAGGAUACUAACAGGGUGUCAACAUUGGUUAAGAUGGCGGCUACCAGUACAUCUAACGGAAUUGCGCAUUCCGGUCACAGAUAUGCCAUGUCAUGCGCAGCCGCAGCAGUAAAUCCGGUAUCCGCGCUCACAGAAAUUUACUCCGGAAUGCAGCAUGUAAAUCAUCUUUCAAAGCUUUCCACUCAGGACGGAAAUAUAUUGAUGGAGAAAUUCCGUCUCCUCUCGGAGUUGCUCCUCAACAAGAACUGUAUGAAGGUGGCUCUCAACACAGUACCAGAGACUCAAGAUCAGUUAGUACGAGGGGCGGAGAACUUUGUAUCCGCCCUUUCGGGAACCUGUUCUCCUUUAACUUGUUUCAAGGAGGAACAGUUCCAGGUUGAGGAAAGAAAACUGCACCAUGUUGUUCCUUUUCCAAUAAACUUUACUUCACAAUCCCUACCCACUGUACAUUAUACUCAUCCAGACUCCGCCCCACUCAGAGUUCUUGCAGCGGUUAUGUCUUCUAAAUAUUUGCAUCCAGAAAUCAGAGAGAAGGGCGGAGCAUAUGGAGGCGGAGCUACGGCAGGUUCUGGGACCUUUACCUUCUAUAGUUACAGAGACCCUAAAAAUCUAGAAACGUUCUCUGUGUACCGUAAAGCUGGAGAAUGGGCUGCAGAAGGAAACUUCUCAGAUCAGGAUGUGGAAGAGGGUCAGCUUCGUAUCUUCCAGAGACUAGAUGAACCUGUUCAACCAGGAUACAGAGGUCUUCGUGUUUUCCUCUCAGGAGUAGAGGAUUCUAUCUUCAAGGAACACAGAAUAAGGGAACACGGAAUAAGUUAGGAACACAGUUCUCUAUGUUCAGAGAACACAAUAUUGUAAGAACAAAGAGUAAGAAAGGAACACAGUUCUUAUGUUCCAGGAACACAGAAUGAGGUGGGAACAUAGUUCUCAGGGGUAAAGGAUACUAUGCUCUGAGAUCAUAGAAGAAAGUGGGAACACAGUUCAUAGGGGUAGAGGAUACUAUGCUCAGAGAGCAUAGAAUAUAGUGGGAACACGUUCUAAAGGGUAGAGGAUUCUAUGUUCAAGGAACACAGAAUAAGAAGGGAACAUAGUUCUAUGGAGUAGAGGAUUCUAUGUUCAAUAAACACAGAAUAAGAUGGAAACACAGUUCUAAUGAGUAGAGGAUUCUAUGUUCAAUAAACACAGAAUAAGAAGGGAACAUAGUUCUAAGGAGUAGAGGAUUCUAUGUUCAAUAAACACAGAAUAAAAGGGAACACAGUUCUAGGUGUGGAGGAUUCUAUGUUCAAUAAACACAGAAUAAAAGGGAACACAGUUCUAAGGUGUAGAGGAUUCUAUGUUCAAGAAACACAGUUCUCAGGGGUAGAGGAUUCUAUGUUCAAUGAACACAGAAUAAGAAGGGAACACAGUUCUAAGGUGUAGAGGAUUCUAUGUUCAAGAAACACAG